CGAACUGACGCUCGCUUCUUCCAACGAUCACCAACCCACUUCAAUUUACUUUGAUAUUAAUCUAGAACGACAGAAAGACAUCAGAAUCAACUUCCCGGAUAUACUGUACGGUCUGUUUCGUGCAAAGAACGUCAGGACAAUGGCGGACGCUCAGGAGCCUGAACCUCGCAAUAGCCGACCAGGCUCACCCCGGAACUCCGACAGGCCAAUCCCCAAGCUUCUCGUACAUCGAUUCAGCUACCCGCAGCUCCUAGCCAUCCCAGUCCUUCUUACUGUCGGCUACAUCGCCACCAUCAUCACCCUCUCACUGCAAGAUGUCAACCCAGGUCUGCUGUAUAGCCAAUGCCACGCCCGCGCCAAGGUGCCCUGGCUAAGCCACAUUCCUCUCCUUGGCGCCCCGGCUUGUUACCUCGUCUCGUUCUUUCAAUACGCCGUGUCGUCAUUUCGCUCCGCCGCCAUCCUGUCCGAGAUUCUUGCCUUCAUCGGCGCCCUUCUCACUGUGAGCACCCUCGAGGCCGCGAGGUUGUGCAAUGCCAGCGCCACUCUCAUCGCCAACCCCACCGGCCCUUGGCUCAUGUUUAACCUGGCCGGUGGACAACUCGUCUGGGGCCUGGUCAUUGUCCCGGCAUUUGUGAAGCGCGCCAAGGGUCUGGAGGCUGUCGAGAGGAGCGGCGAGGAUCGAUUGGCAGCCGACAGUCGAAACGUCGCUCUGGGUGUUGAGGCAAUCGCCGUCCCUAUGGCCGUCCUGUUGGGCUUCUUUGUUCCAUCGUUAGUCAUGCUGUUCAACCGUUCUUCAGUCGCCGUUUUCGUCUGGCUCUUCUUUCCCGUCUACGUCGCCAUUGUUCGUCAAUUUGUUCGAUGGGUCCUGGUCCGGGCCGAUGCGGAAAAGUAUGCGCCGCCAUUUAGGGUAGAGCAAAACCGCGGCUCCAUCUCUGGCGUCUAUCUGCCAGCCGUCUUGUUUUCCGUCUUUGCGCACUUCUGGGUCAUUUUCAGCUUGUUCAAGGCCGAUGACCGCAAGGAGAUGACGAGGUCGUGUCUGGGAUUCAUCCAGAUUGACGCGCUGUUCAUCGCCGCGACGGCACUGUACUGGAUCAUGGUCGAGGGCGGCUGGAAGUCUGCCGCAGUUGCUGUUUUGGUGUCUGUGGUGCUGGGCCCUGGCGCUGGACUGUGUGCUGCAUGGGUUACUCGCGAGUUCGUGGCACACGGCGCGGUUAUGGAUGCAACGGAGCGGGUUGAUAACGGGCAACCCAACGAGGAGACGCCAUUGCUUGGGUGACUGGGGCGAGGAUUGCGUCCAAGACCACGGAACCUGUACAGUAUAGUAAUGGCCAAGUUUAUUGUUUGAACAAUGUACGAGCUUUUAUCACGACGAUGUCUUUACCAGUAAGCCAAAUUUGUGUAUAACCACCAUGACCCCCUAACACGGCCUCGGCGGAUGUGCAACUCCCUCCGCCGGCGUGUCAAACAACGCAACCUCGGCCGCCCUCCUCCUGACCAGACCAUUCAGCACCUGCCCGCCAGCAUAAACCCACCUCGGCAGCUCCUGGCGCGCGACGACGCUCUUGUCCUCGCCUGCGUUGAGCCUCGCCGUCAGCGUCGACGACUUUUGCGCCCCGCAUCCCAUGUUGAAAACCCAGCUGACCAGCGCCCCGUACUGGUUCGGGUUGAGCACCACCGAGUCGACCAGGUCCGCCGACAGGCAGCGGCGUGCGAUGCCGAGGUCCGACUGCAGCAGCGCCUCGCCGUUGGCCACGGACAGAGGGAUCGGGUAGGGGACUUCGGAGCAGGUUGGGUUGCUGCAUAGGUGGCCGUAGCCGACGGUGGGGAGGCCGACUGGGUCGAGGUCUGUUGGCCGAGUUAGAUACGCCAGACCGUCACAUGCAGCUCAUGCUGGUGAGGGUCUUACAGAUAUCAGGAAACCAUCCUUCAAAUUCCUUGACCAGAUCCAAAGAGGCUUGGUUCAACUUGGGCGGGCCACACUCCUCACCACCGCCGCCACCACCCGCACUCAGACAACAGUCAACCCCCAGAGCGGUAGCACACCCGCCACCCGCCACCACCGUGCCACCACACGUCCCACGCCGCUGACAGAACCCAUCCCUCCCAUCGGCCUUGCACCUGCCGUAAUCACAGCACCGAACCCCCUUUGGGCCAGGACACAGUCCACUCGUCGACGUGCCGCCCGCACACCCUUCAGCCGGCACACACGACCCGGGAACACCGCCGGCGCUGCACGACCGCCAGGUACAGCAGGUGAUGCCAGCGUCGCCCGGGCAGAGGCCCCUGGUGACGGUUCCGUCGGUGCAGGACGCGGACGGCACGCACAGGCCCGUGAGGUUAGCCUGGGCUGGGACGGUGCAGGUGCCGUAGGUGCAGCACUGGACGUCGGCAGGGGUGCCGGGGCAGAGGUUGGGCGUCGAGGUGCCACCGGAGCUCCUGCAGUUCGACGUGGAGAGGCAUAGCCCCUGCUGGCCCGUGGAGAGGGCGCACGUCUGCUGCGAGGCGGCAAAGCCCGCCAGGAGUGUCAGAGUCGUGAUGGUUUGGAGAAGCAUUGUGUUCGUGUUGCUGGUUGUGGCUGUUGGCUUGACUUUGCUUUUCCAGUGGCUACUUUUCGGAUUAUAUAUCCGUAUAUCAGUAUACGGAGUACAUAAUCGUCGGACUUCUAUUUAUAGGAGCAACGUCUUGGUUCCAGCUGAGAGCUUCCACCUUCCUCAGCUGGCGCACUAGGGACCAGUACCCGUGCAGCUUUCCACAGGGGUAGGAUAUUGCACCAAUAACAGGGGUUAAUUGGGAAUAUCUCGGGUAUUCGACAGUGAUCAUCGGGAUUAUAUGCAAAUGGUGGCCAUGUCCGACUGGUAUUCAGGGAGAGGACCCGAAUAUUUCCAAUCAAAGUAGUCUAGAUGUAGAUCUGUCGGCUAACCGGAUUAGAGAAGAGCGUCCUGUUGACCAUCAGCAUGCAAGCCAAACAGCAAUGCAAGACUCCAUGGUACUGUACAUCGGGGACAUUAGGUAACAGUAUGUAUUGUUAUCGCUAUUUACGCUCGACACUGAAGACUGUCAACAUUGAAGCGCCUGCAACCCUCACUAUUGUGAACCGGUAGAUAUCUGUUUCCAUUUGGACGUAAACCUGAAUUUUCCGC